UUGUCUGCAAGCUUGUUAUGAUGUCUGAGGUGGAUCAAGAGGAGGAACAUAAUGAAAAAGGCUCCGAGGAUAGAAAUAGCCUUGCGGGUGUAAGACCAGCUCCGAAGCCAUUCGGAGUCACGAAGAAAUGGAAGACAGCUGAGUCAGACAUGAAGCCUGCAAAUAAACGGCAAGAAGAUGGUCAGUUUGCAUCAGGGAUAAAAAUUCAGAGAAGUUUAGCAACCCCAAUAGGAAAACAUCGGCGAGUGGGCCGGGUAAUCUGUGGAGUUUGUGGGAAGACUUUUGUCAAGACCUGUGAACUGUUUGCCCAUCAACGCACCCACACAGGUGAGAAGCCAUACCAGUGUUCAGAUUGUGGGUGCUGCUUUUCUGUUCAAUCCACACUGGUCAGCCACCAAAGUAUCCAUACUGGUGAGAAGCCUUACAAAUGUCAAGAGUGUGGCAAAAACUUUCGACUGAAAAGCAACCUGACCCGCCACCAGCGUGUCCAUGAUGGUUUGAGACCAUACCAAUGUGAGUACUGUGGGGCUAGCUAUAGCACUAAAGCACACCUGGUCUGGCACCUCAACAGCCAUACAGGAGAGAAGCCGUACAAAUGUACCGAGUGCUGGAAACGUUUUGGAGAAAUCUCCUCCCUGGUAGAACAUCUUCUCUCCCACCAAGGUGAUAGCGGUGGGGAAAAAAUAGGAACUAAUACCACUGGUCGUUCAGGUAGCAGGAACCCUCACCGCUGUGACGACUGUGGCAAGAACUUCUGUCGGAGUACUACAUUAGCAGAGCACCGUCGCAUUCACACUGGCGAGCGUCCUUUUGCUUGUGGGGAGUGUGGUGAGCGGUUCAUGCGCCGAGCUCUCUACAAUGAACACAUUCGCACACAUUCUGAAGAUGGCCCACCCAAUCUAUGCAUAGCUUGUGGUAAAUCCUUCUCUAAACGCUAUUCCCUCCUUCAGCACCAGCGGUCACACACGGGAGAAAAGCCCUACCAGUGCCCAGACUGCCCCAAAAGUUUCAUUGCCAGCUCCGCCUUGACACAACACCGGCGCAUACAUACCGGAGAGACACCCUACCCGUGUCCAGACUGUGGGCGCCGUUUUAGCCAAAAAUCAGUGCUUACAACUCACCGGAGACUUCACACAGGUGAAAGGCCAUACAAAUGCCAGGAAUGUGGGAAAGGGUUUAGCCAAAGUUCAGCCCUGACCCAGCAUCUCCGGACUCAUACUGGAGAGUCUCCAUAUAGCUGUGGGGAGUGUGGGAAAAGCUUUAGUGGUAUGUCAGCCCUCAAGCGGCACCAUCUCACCCAUACUGGCGAACGCCCCUUUCGGUGCAAUGAGUGUGGCAAAGGGUUCAAGCAAAGCUCUACCCUGGUCCAGCAUCAGAGGAUCCACACCCAUGAGAAGCCUUAUGCCUGUAUCCAGUGCAACAAGAACUAUAGCCAGCGGGCUGCUCUUGCUAAGCACUUAAGGACUCAUGCCAAGGACUCCUCGCUUCUCAGCACAGGCAGUGAGCCAAUAGAUACCAGAGUUUACAAAGACGCUUUCAUCCAUCCUCGAGAGGUGGAGAAUAACACAGACAAUUACAUGGAGGAAGACAGUGAUGAAGUACUGGUGCUCCCUCCAGGGACAUGGGAUGUUGAGGUAAAAGAGGAGCUUAAAGAUAAGUCUGAGGAAACAGGACCAUUUUCACAGGUGAAAGAGAAGUUAGACGAGACCCAGAUGGAAAUGCCAACACUAUCCCUGCAGAUCAAAAAGGAACCAGAUGGCUGAAGGGGAUGUGGGAAGGAAGCUGGGCUUUAUAUUUUUGAAAAGGAAUGUGAAUGAAUGGGCUAUCAGUAGGGUUGCCAAUUCUG